UUCUCAAAUUAUAUAAAGAUUUAUUGCGAUACGGAACAGAACUUCAAUUUACUGAUAAAACAUUUUUUCGAUAUCGUAUAAAGAACGAAUUUAAGAAAAAUAAAAAUCUUUUAGAGGAACACGAUAUUACUUACAACUAUAAGAAAGGCGUUACACUGUUAUCAAAAAGAGCAAUACGAUGAUAUUACGUCGAUAUUUUCUUCGAAAUUCUUCCCAGUUGUUACUUCCAAGAUUUGUUCAUACUUUAGACUAUUCAAAAGUUCCUCAACUACUUGAUAAGGAUAUAGAAGAAAUGCAUGUUAGAGGUAGUGGUCCCGGAGGACAAAAAAUUAACAAAACGGCUAAUUGUGUUGUUUUAAAACAUCUUCCAACAGGGAUUGUUGUUAAAUGCCAGGAAACUCGAGAGUUGUAUAAAAAUAGAGAAAUAGCACAUUCACUUUUACAAAGCAAAGUAGACAAUUUUAUUAAUAAAGAACAUAGUAUUGAAAGCCAAUUAAAAUCAAUUCAAGAAAAAAAAAGUAAUACCAGAGAACAGAAAAGGGAAAAGAUCAGAGCAUUGAAGGAAUCUUGGAAAAAUCGUGAAUUUGGUACUAAGAAUUGAUUAUAAAAAAUGGACAUAGUAUUGUAAAUAUAUAUAGAACAAUC